AUGCUGCUGUUCUGGGGGUCACUGCUAUGCUGGGGGCUGCUGCCCCAGGCCCCGGGGGAGGCCCAGCACUUAGUCUUCUUGUGCUUCAGCAAGGAUCAGCUGGAAACAGACAUUUCAGGCCUGCUCUCGAAACACCAUGUCCUGGACCGUGUGGCCAGGAUCCCUGUGAUGGGGGCCACAAGUAAAGGAGUCGCCAUCCUGGACCACUGGCCCUUCGUAAGAGAAGGCCUCUCCAAAGGGAGCAGUGGGCUUGAUCUGUCGCUGGUCGGGGACCUGCUCUCGGGGCAGAGCUUCCCGCUGCUGGGGGAGCUGCUCCAGCGGGGUGGGGUGGUCACAGAAGAUGCCAAAGGCCCCGAGGUCACCCUACAAAUCCUGAGUGACAGCCUGCUGCAGGUCACAUUGCGAAGCAAACUGCACCUCUCGCUCUAGAGGAUCCUGCGGCUCAAAGUCAUCAAGAACAUCUGCAUCGGGGUACGGCUGGAGCAGACGGGGAACAAGACCAGCGUGGCCUUUGAGGAGUGCCACACGCCACCAGGAUACCUGAGCAUUGAGGUUCUGGAGCAGAUGGACCCCCUCCUGGUGAACAAAGCUCUGGGGUUGGUGACAGAUGUCCUGGAUGAGGCAUUGCCCUUCCUCCUACAGACGAUAGGGUGUCCCCUGGCCACAACCCUGCUCAACUCGCUGCUGGAAGACCUGUUACACAUCACUCUGUCCCCAGCCAUCUCCGGCCCGGAAGACUUCCAGCACUAUGUCACCAGCACAGAAUUCACAGAGGAGGCCAUCCUGAUGAAAGUCCAGGUGAGCCCUCAUGACCCCUGCAGCCCAGGCCAGAGAGCCCCAAGGCCUGACCACCUGGCCCCCAAGCCCCUCCCAAAAUUAGCCCCGGGCAGCCUGGCAGACCUGGCCUUUUCACUGGAAACCUAAAAUGACAUCCUGUCCUGCCUCUACACCAGCAAGGAGAUACAUGUGAACCUCCAGGACCCCACGGCUGCUGGCCUCAUUCAGCUAUUGUCACUGAGAGCGCUGGAGCCUGGGCCCAAGACUUCUAAUCAGGCCAGAGGGAGCAUGGGACUGACCAUCAGCACCCCUCAUCCUCCCACUGUCCACCUUGAUGGCCACACGGCCUCAGUCAUCCUGCCGGGCUCCCUGGUACUGCUGGGGCCCAGCAGCACCUCCUCCUUCUCAGUUUCCGGGAAACUCUUUUCAAAGGCUGUGUUUUCCUCGAAAAAUCAGGAAUUAAAACUCCAGUUCACUCCAAACAGCAACUGCCAUCUUGGCUUCCUCGUGGUCCUGAAGGACCCACCGGCAGGCCUGAAAGAAGGCCCUGAGCGGUUGAUAAUCCCAGGUUUAGAGGUCCUAGAGAUCAUCUUCUCAGGGUCAGGGAUCCCCUCUGUGACAUCUUCAGAAGGCAGUCAUCCAGACCAGAGCUGCCAGGAGGAACGUCUGGAAGCCCUUCUCUUAGAGCUUCUGAAGAGGUUCUUCCCCCAUCACAACAAUCUGCUCAGAGAACAAGGCCUCCUGCUGCCCAACGUCAAGGGCAUCUCCUUCGACCAGGCGCGGAUGGAGUCCUCCAAGGAUUACUUGCUACUGACUGUUCCAGAGGAAAAACCAUUUCUUACUGAGGGCCAGUCCCUCCCCUCAGCCACAAGUGCUCCGGACACUUGA